GAAGAACCACCGAGCCCCAGGUUCAAUGAAGCACCGCCGCCGUUGCAUCGUGAGAGUGACAAACGCGAGGGUUCGAACAUAAUGGACUUUGAGGAAUCAGUGGCAGCCGGAAUCUAGAAACACAAAGACGAGGAUAUCGAUUUUUUCCGGUGAAAUGACAUCUCGAAGUACGAUUAGUCAGUCUGUCAAGUAUGGGCUUCAUUUCAUUGGUAUUUGGCCGGGCACACCGUUCCCGGGCUUGAGGAAAGUUUGUUGGGUGCUGUCUGCCGUUCUUUGCCAAAUUGGCCAGUACAAAUACAUGAUCACGCACUUUAACACAGACGACUUUAUUGAGUGGAUAGAGACUUUGAGUCUGACUAUGACGUACACUUUGAUGAUCGUUAAAUUAACCGUUGCCUGGUUCGCUCAAAGAGCAGUAAAGCAUAUAGGUAAAAGGGUGCACUUCGGGGGUGUAAAAAGGACGGGCAUGUUAAUAACUCUAUCUGUUAGCGUGCUGUGUGAAAUCAUAUCGACCAUGGAGGUUGAUUGCACGAAGUAUGCAGUUGUCGACACGAAUAACGUGAUAUCGAAAACGGCGGAUCUUUCAUUCCGUUUAACGAGCAUGAUUCCGGCGCUCUACAUGGUGUCCGUGUGCUGUCACGCAGUCGGCACACUAACAAACCCACGAUCCAACGAUUCGAUGGAUCGGCAGCUUCUCCUGAACAUGGAUUUGCCGUUCGACAUCAAUCAAUCGUUGACUUACGAACUCGUGCUAGUUGUGCAGAUAAUUUACCAAGUUAUGUCAGCGUACACGUUCAGCCUUUUCAGUGCUCUUCUUUUGAUGACGAUACUUCACGCAGGAUGUGUCAUCGAUAUUUUGUGCUGUAUAGUAAAACGCACAUCUGCUCAGGACGAUGGACAAUUUCGAUUCGUUGCAAUGAGACAUCAGGAAAUCAUUUUAUUCACAGAACGAAUCGAACGACUCUUUACUUACAUAGCUCUUUCCCAACUUCUAUCGAAUACUCUAAUUAUAUGCUGUCUAGGAUUCCUUUUCAUAACAGCAUUACAAAUUGAAAACGGACUUCCCUUGAUUUUAAAGUCUUGUAUUUUCUAUAUCGUAAUUUGUUUAGAAAUAUUCGUGUACUGCUUUGCGGGGGAGUACCUCGAUAUUAAGAGCAAAAUGAUAGUCGAUGCAGCAUACCAAAUGUCCUGGUACGACUUUCAGCCAGCUACCAGUCGACAAUUAGUACUUUUAAUACUAAAAUCUCAGAAGGGAUUGCCGUUGACUUUCGGAAAGUUUUCAUCUCUCAGUUUGCAAAGCUUCGCAAACAUUAUGAAAGCGUCGGCGUCUUACAUGUCGGUACUUCUCGCGAUGUCCUGA